AUGAGCAGGACAGUGUAUAAUGCACUAUUCUUAGAACCCUCAGGCUCACAACUGCAAACAUUCAAAACGCCAAAAGAAGCUCUAGAUCAUUCUGCAAAGUUGGGUUGUGAUGUACCAGUACUGGUAAAAAGAGCAAAUUUGGACGCUUUACAGGUUAUUAGGUUAUUCAAUUACCUAAGAAGACAGGCUAUCAAAGGCGAGAAGGUUGACCCAAAACAGAUCAAUCAGCUUACUGGCAAGGAAGAAUUCUUGAACGAUGAUAAUGAGCUAAAACCUGUCAAAGGAUUCGAAAAUGAUGGUUUGCUUCAAAUAGAUUUCGAUGAUUUGGACGCUGAAUUGGCCCUGGAAAGUCAGGUUCAAGUCGCACAGCUCACGAUUCAAGAUCUUCGUCAAAGACUUGCACAGAAUAUGGGUUUGGAUAACUUGGAUGACGUAUCUUCUGAUGAAGAAGAAGCAAGAAAGAAUGCUCAUAAAGCAGUCAUGAAAGGCAAAGCAGGACCUUCAGCAAUUUCGGGGGAGGACUCAUACUAUUUCUCCUCCUAUGCCUCACACGACAUUCAUCAAACAAUGAUCGCAGACAAAGUACGCACUUUGUCUUACGCAAAAUUCAUCUUGGCACCAGAGAAUGCACAUUUGUUCCGCGGCAAAGUUGUGAUGGAUGUAGGAUGUGGUAGCGGUAUUCUAUCCAUGUUUGCUGCUCGUGCUGGUGCAAAAGAAGUGAUUGCUAUUGAUGCGAGUGCGGUAGCCUCGCGGGCAAAGGAGAAUAUACGCAUCAAUAGGCUUGAAGGUAUCAUCAGCGUCUAUCAUGGCCGAGUAGAAGCAUUGGAUGAGAUCUUGAAGGAAUACAAAGGCUCAGUUGACGUCAUUGUCUCUGAAUGGAUGGGCUACUUCUUAUUGUACGAGUCUAUGAUGCCAGCCGUACUUUAUGCCCGCGAUCGAUACCUGCGCAAACAGACUGGUCUCCUUGCUCCAUCUCACACACGUAUGCUUUUGUCAGCCGUAGCAGAUUGCGAUGUCAUCCAAGAAAGAUUCAAAUUUUGGGAUGACGUGUAUGGCUUUUCGAUGAACGCAAUGAAGACUGGUUUGGCAGAUGAAGCAUGGACUGAUUACCUCAAAGCAGAACAAGUCGUCACAACUGUUGACACUUUGCUCGAACUUCCUUUGCAUACGAUUGCUCCUCAUCAACCUUCAUUCUCAGCACCUUUUGCUCUGCGUGUACAACGUGAUUGCACUAUUCAAGCAUUCAUCUCUUGGUUCGAUACUUGGUUCACGCCUGACGGUAAGCCUACGUUGGGCGGUCUCCCGCCUGUGACAACAGAGUGCCCGCAAGACGGAGAAGUUCGCGGGCUUGAUCUAAAGAGAGACAAUGUUGUUCCGAAAAAUACAGACAAAGCGGACCAAAAAGGUCUAACUGUCUCAUUCACUACCUCUCCUUUCGGACCUGAAACGCAUUGGAAGCAAACGCUAUUCGUUUUGAAAGAAGCUAUUGAAGCAAAGAAGGAUUCCGUCUUGGUUGGAUUGUUAAGAUCGACACCCAAUGAAGAAAAUACACGAGAACUUGAUGUUGAGAUUCAUUAUUCAUUACGUGAGCCUACUCAACCCGCACAAGCACGCAGAAAGAGCGUAGAAGCAAGGACCGUACAGCUUUUCUCGGUCCGUUAA